CAACAAAUGCUUUCAGUUUCGUUUUGUCUGAAAUGUGACGCGAGUGCAAAGCAGAGAGGACACACAGACACACACUCGCUUUCUAUCUGAAGCUAGAAGUGUAAAUAAAGAAACUUUCAUUAAGCAUGGAAGAGAGAAUGGAAACAGAUGAUUACCAAAAUGCAGAUGCUGAAAGUGAAGACAUGGACAUGGACAACAAUGGGGCUGAAGUUACAUCAUCCAGCAGUGGAAAUCAAUCACCACCUGACAGCCCUGUCAGCCCUGUCGUUACUACACAACCUGGCAGGAUUCAACCCCAACAUCCUGACCAAACUUCUCCUGGAGAAAAACAGAAUCAGGAGGUCUUGGGUACAGCAGAUCUGGGAGGAUCAAGUCCCGGGGUUCUACCUGCUGCCCAGAUUUCUUCCUCAGUGUCUGAUUAUCCUUCUGCAGUACCUGAGGGACAACAGCAGCACCAUCCCGGCAUGGCAGCUUCACAAGAGCGGGAUCUGAAUACAUCGGGUGAUUGGACACAUCCCUCUGUCGCUUCUCAGUUAAACUCGCUAAAUCUUAGCAAGUCUUCUACAGCUGAGGAAACGCCGAAUGAACCUACAAAUGCUGGAGAUGUUCCAGAAGACCAGAAAAUAGACCUGUACAGAUCAGCUGAAGAGCAAAAUCCUCCAGCUGCUGCUGCAGAUGUUCCACAGACGUCCUCAUCAGCGUCUAAGAGUUCUGAUACAACACGCAGGAAAUGUUCUGUUGAUCAGAAGAAGGAUACAAGAGAUAGCGAUGAGCUAAAACCCUCAGCACCUCGGGAUGUUGCAAAGUUUUAUGUGAAAGUGGACUGGCCAGAAGAUCUACCUCAGAAAUGGAAAACUCAUCUGCAAAAAGCUCUUCAGACCUGGUGUAACUCUGAAGCAAAAGAGAGAGAGAGAUGCAGUGUUGAGGUGGUUCAGCUUUUAGGUGAUGGAUGCACUGCAGAGGUGGAGAUCACGCCAUCAACUGCUUUAAAGGAUAUAAAAACUGCAACGUUAACAUUCAGGUCGCUUGAGAAAAGCGCCACAGUACACUUUCAGGAAGCUGAACCAAAGUCUGUGAAUAAAUUUUCCAGCCCAAAGGAGAACAUGACUGAGACAGCUGUGACUGCUACAGAAACAACCCCACCUGAGCUCAUGAAGGAUGCAGGAGCUGCUUCUAAUGAGAUGACUGGAGCUUCUGAUGCUUUUACUGUCCCUCCCUUUCUAUACUGGUACCUGAGUCAAGCUUACAGGAAGGAGCUGGAACAAUUUGAGAAUGAGUUUGGAGUUAAAAUAAAUGCAGAAACACGUCUUUCACUCUCUGCUGCGAAAGCUAUGGUGAAGAGUGAGAGUGAUUCUUUCAGCAAAGCUACUCAGGCCUUUUCUACUCUUGUCCAGAAUACUACAAAGAAUCUCAAAUCUGUUUCUGUCCCUCAAACACACAUGCAGUCUGACAUCAUGAAAGAGACACUGCGUAAUAUUCCAAAUGAAGAGCACAGGAUCAUGCUAAGCAUGUCAGCAAAUGAAUACCUGCUGUUUGGACCAGGAGAAAUGACAUCAGUGGUUGAGAAGCGGAUAAAAUUGGAACCUGGUGAUGAUCUAGCAACACCAUUUAGCCACAGAGAGUCACAUAACAUGGAGACAUCUAGCAGUAGGACUUCAGUGCAGACCCCAAAGAACUUGGACAUGGACAUCAAGGACACUCAAGCUGCAGUUGAGAUGGAUGUGGCACACUGGCAACUGCUGAAGAUUGCGUUUGAGAAACAGAUUUCUGAGAUCCAAAAUAAAUAUGGAGUUCAGUUUGAUGCUGAACCUGUCCACGGCUCGGUUAAGGUGUCAGCACGGUCCAGAGGAACUCAUCAGGUCAAUCUCGAAGCUCACGCCCUCAGAGCCUUAACUCAUCUCUACCAAAAGGUCGUUACAUCAGCAGUCACCUGUGAUCUUAAAGAUGCUUCCUCCACUGAGAUAGUGUCCCAGGCACUUGAAAGAAUUCGCUCUCAACACGCCUGUGUUGGUGGAGGGGAAAGAAACGGAAGCUGGAAACUUUUUGGACUGCCAAAGCAUCUCCUUCCUGCCAUAGCUGACAUUGAGAAGAUUACUGGAGUCACUGUAUUUGAUGAGAAGGUGAAGAAAUUGCUCGGAUAUCCAUCGGAUUUUCCACAAGCAGGUGGAUUUCAGUGGGGACAAACAGGGAUGGAUGUGAUGAGAGGGGCACACGGCACUGACCCGAGAGGUGGAACAGAGAAUUCUGAUUUCAACCAAGAGUUCCAAAAUAAAGCAAAAGAAAAUGGUAAAGAAAAAGAAAGUGAGGAUAAUUGUCCGAUUUGCCUGGAUACGUUUACUCAGAAGUCAAAACUGACAUGUGGUCAUGAGUUCUGUGAAGAGUGUCUGAAACAGUCAAUAAAGAGCAGCGGAGAAAUUUGCCCUUUGUGUAAGAAAAUCUUUGGAAUAUUAAAAGGAAACCAGCCUGAUGGAACAAUGCAUGUCCAACAUUGCCAAUACAGGAACCUCGCUGGCUUUCCUCAAUGUGGCACAAUUGAAAUUAAUUACAUCAUACCAGAUGGCAUUCAGACGAAUGAACAUCCAAACCCUGGAAAACGUUACCAUGGGACUCGUCGCACUGCGUACUUACCGGACAACGCUGAAGGAAACCACGUGCUCCAGCUGCUGAGAAGAGCUUUUGAUCAGAAACUCAUCUUUACUGUUGGAUUCUCCAGAACAACUGGAGUAGAUGAUGUGGUCAUCUGGAACGACAUUCAUCAUAAAACAAAUACAUACGGUGGGCCAGAAAGUUAUGGCUAUCCAGACCCUGACUACUUAAAAAGAGUGAAAGAAGAGCUGAAGGCCAAAGGCGUCGAGUAAAGACGAUACAGAAUUAUCAAUUCAUAUUUGACUCAUAGAUUGAAUACUUUAAAAUACUAUUAAAAAACAAACAAUUGCAAGUGGCAUCACGAAGAAUGAAGUAAAUGAUGAAAAUGCUUAAAUGAAUGUUACUUUUAACAGUGUGCAAUGUGCCUUAUGCAGAUUAUUAUUAAGGUGACGGAUUGUUAUCUUGAAUAUUUUGCUUGGUGGAUUUGAUGGAUUUCUGGUUUCCUUUUAAUUAUCUUUUCUGUGUCUGCACUUUUUACUAUAUGUAUGUAUUUUUAACGGAAAUGUUAAUGCGUCUUCAUAUAAUUAAUUUGCUUUUGUUUAGCAGUUUCAGAUUGUCUGUGUGAUAUUAGAUGCUGCAAUGGUGGAUUGUCAAAACAAAUUAAAAUACAAGCAGAUCAUAUAAAACAUGAAAA